AUGCCAUUGGUUCUAUUUAGUGGCUUCCCGGCGUGUGGCAAGACUACGAAGGCACAAGAACUUUGCGCUAUUUUAAAGUCAAAGAUUGAACAAGAACCUGAAUUAGCCAAAUACUCCGUAGUAUACCACUCAGAUGAAAGUCUCGGAAUUAAACACAGCGACUACGUAACGUCUCAGGAUGAGCGCAAGCUCCGUUCUAAAAUAAUGUCGGCGGUUAAGCGAGAUUUAGGGCGGCAAAAGAUCGUAAUAGUGGACUCAUUGAACUACAUCAAAGGUUUUAGGUACCAGCUGCAUUGUGAAGUGAAAAACCUAACGACUACUUACUGUGUUUUACAUGUAAUGUGUCCUGCCGCAAAGAUAUUGGAAUGGAAUGAGUCUCAAGCUAAUGGCCGUAUUCCUUGGACGCAGGAUCUUCUGAACCAGCUAAUACAGCGAUACGAGGAACCCAAUCCGCAAACUAGAUGGGAUUCGCCGCUGAUUCCCGUCUUGGCCGAUGAAGAUUCGAUAGAAACCCUGGCGGAACCGGUAUACAAAGCUUUGUUUCCACAGCUUUACCGAGAAAAUAAUGACCGUGAUACGGAUAAACUGCUAAACUCUAUGAAGCCCAAUAAUGCCACAAUGCUGAAACCGGCUACGCAAACUAACUCGCUCCAAGUUCUAGAUUCGGAGACUUCGGUGAUGGUAAAAAAAAUCCUUGCGGCGUUGCAAUCUAAUGUCGUUUCUGGUGUGACGAGAAUUAUAAUCUCGGAUGUACAAGACAUAAACGAUGACAGGUGUCUAUACGUGGAGAUCCCACCUCAAGCCGUCACGGUGGCGCAGCUGCAACGUAUAAGGCGGCAAUUUGUGGCUAUGAAUCGGUUGAGGAGUCUCGAGAAAGAACGUGUGGGUCCAUUAUUCGUGGAGUACUUAAAUAAAAAUCUCAGAGAGAUGUAA